AUGGACAUCCCAAACCGGUCCUCUAAACUUUGUGGUGAUAAUCCUGAUUUAUCGGAAGAAGUAUUAUGGUCUAUAUUUACAUUAACUACAUCUGAUUUAAAUUUAUUUAAAUGUCAAAUGUGUCAUAAAACAUACAGUCAACCGAUACAAUUAUCAUGUAACCAUACAUUUUGUAUGAAUUGUAUUCAAAAUCGAUUAAAAACAUCUACAAAUUAUUCGAUAGGUACUCUUCAUCAAACCGAUAUAUCUUCUAUUGUUUGUACGAUAUGUUUCAAAUCACAUAAAAUGCAAUCUGUUGAUUAUUUACAAGAAAAUACUUUACUAAAACGAUUAAUUAAUAUUCACUGCUGUGAUCAAUGUCAUCAAAUAAAGGAAUUUAAACAGUUAGAUACUUGUAUACAAUGUUACAGCGUUCUAUGUCCACAAUGUUAUAAAAUACAUCAUAGACCGGAUUUUCAUACUCCAACGCCAAAAAUAUAUACUCCAAUCACAAACCAUCCAUUAAUGUUCUUAGAUAUAGUUAAAUUUGAUAUGCUACCGAGUGAUAGUGAUAAUACUCUAAAAAAACCAUCAAGCACUACAAUAAUCAAUGGUGAAAAAAAAAUUCUUUCUAAAAAACAUUUUGAUCGAUCAUUUGAUCAUGUUGUAAAAAAUGAUUUAUCAUCAACGUUAUCAUUACCCGAUCUAAUUAAACAUGAUAGACGAGCAUUACGUUCUUAUAAAAUUGAAUAUACCCCUAUAUUGAACGAAUUCCAACAGCCACAACAAUAUUCUCCAACAACACCUGUUACAAAAUUUAUAAAUUUAAAUGAUCAUUAUCGUUCAACAUACAAACAUAUUGUCCAUUGUAAACAGCGUAUUCAAGAACUAAUGUUAUGCACUGAAACACUAAUUGAAUUUUAUAAACAAAAAAUAUUAAAAAUUGAAACAAAUGUAAAUUUAUAUUGGGAUCUAUUGAAACAAUCAAUUUUAGAACACCGAAAAUCAACGUCAAUAAAAGAACUAUGUAAAUAUUUAAUAUGUUAUGGUUGUGAAAAAAGACAAAAUAUUUCAUUCUCAUCCUUGCAUGACACCAAAGAUCUAUUACGUAUAUAUUUGAGCAAAAAUCAUGCAUUAGAAUCAUGUUACCAAUCAUCAGUUAUGCUUUUAAAUCAGAUAGAUGCUCCACUAAAUACAAUUAGUCAACUAUUUGAAUGUGAAGAACGAAGAACAUUUAAAAUUAUACAUAAACAAUUGAGUACAACAUUAACAAAUUAUUAUCAAAUAGCAUUAAAUAUAGAGGAGAAAAUAAAAUCAUACAACGAACAAUUUAUAUCAUGGAAAAAUACAAAUAUUCAAGAAUUACAACAAAUUAAACAACAAUGGACAUCAAUAGUUGAUAUUUCUUAUCCAGAAUUAUUUGAGAAAAUGUCGUUAGAUUUUAUUAGAAUUAAAACACAAGAUGAUAUUCUAUUAUCGAUGUUAGAAAAUGUGAAAUAUAGAACACAACAACAAAUUUUACAACGAGAAAGAACAUUGACCAAUUAUGCUGAGUAG